AUGGCAGCAACAGCCGUCGGAGCCGUGCCACGUCCAAAGUCGUGUCGCGACUUCAAGACGGCCAUUUUUUGCGCCCGAGUCGCCGAAUUCGAGGCUGUCCGCGUUCUGUUCGAUAUUUUCUGGGACAAUGAUUUUCUGACGGCUAGAGGAGAGGAAGACAUGAACAUCUACUCCUUCGGGGCCGUUGGCAGUCACAAAGUCGUCCUCGUGCGCAUGCAAGAAUCGGAUGGGUUAGGUAAGGCGACGGCGGAAGGCCUGAGUUACUGUCGGUCCACCUUCCCCAACAUUGCGCUUGCUGUUGUCAUCGAUCACGACGCCGCUGUUCCUUUUCAACUCUUUCGGCCCGGCGGAAAAAGGAGCAUCCUCGACGGCAUCGUCUUCAGCCUUGGCUUCUUCCAGCAAAAUCCCACCCAGGAGCAUCUCCCGCAGAGGCAUCUCCCGCAGCAGUGGAUUGACACGCCGAAAAAUCUACCUAGAGGGACACUUCACAGCCUGUCAGAAUCACAACACGACAACGUCGUGGGGAGGCUUCCUAUAUUUUCCUUCCUCGCCAGAAACCGCUUUCACGCGGCCCUCCCCGAGUACCUUGACGACCUGCGAAAGAAAGCUCAGUCACGGGCACAUGCACAGGCUCCAGGGCAUGACGAGAUCCCUGACAUCCACCUGGCUUCCAUUGCUUCCCUCGAUUCCGACCUGGAUGCCACGGAACAUGGGAUUUUCCUGCCUUCAGACACGGAGAACCUCGGCUUGGCUGCCUUGCCGUGCAUCUUCGUCAGUAGUGCCUGCGGCCACGGCCAAGUCCAUACGAGCCAUCCGUCACGGAUGCCCAAUGCUGCCACCACAACGGCAGCCUGUGUCAUGUCGCUGGUGAGGGACAUGGAGCAUCUUUCAUCCCGUGGCCAUACCCACACAAGUGCGUCUGAACCUGCCACACAAACUAUCAGGCAACCUGUCACUUUCGGUGCCAAUGUAGGGAGGCAAAAGAUGCCACCUCGCGUUCAUUUCCUCGUUCCAUACCCGAAGCCGGGCUCCUUUAUCGGUCGCGACAGCAUUCUGCAGAAGCUCGAGGAAACGCUUCAAACGGCCCCUUCGCAGCCGAGAAUUGCUCUCCUCGGCGUCGGCGGCAUCGGGAAAACGCACAUCGCUUUGGCGUAUGCACAUCAGUUCAGCGGCCGAUACCCCGACAGGUCCGUGUUUUGGGUUCACGCGACAAGCGAGGACAGUUUCCACCAGGCCUAUGCGUCCAUCGCUCAAGACUGCCAGAUGCCGGGCUACGAUGAUCCCGACGCCGACGUGCUCUCUCUGGUGAAGUCUUCUCUUGAGAGUCGAAAUAAUGGCUCAUGGCUCUUGAUCAUCGAUGAUGUAAACGACAACUACAUGCUGGGUUCAUCACAGAAUGAACAAGAGGCAAACCCUUCCGCCGAGAAGCGCGACCUGGCAUCUCUGGUCCCUGGCUGCCCACACGGGUAUGUUCUCGUCACAACUCGUAACACUGGCGCGGCCGUCAUGCUUGCUCAAGGCGGUCCCGUUGUCGAGGUUGGCCAAAUGCAGGAACAAGAGUCUGAGGAGCUGAUUCGCGCCGGUCUGGACGGCGUCGACGUGACAGCUGAAGACGUCGGCCUCCUCUCCACUCGAUUGGCACAUUUUCCUCUGGCACUGGCACAGGCUGUAGCGUACAUCAAAACCAACAUUGUUUCCAUCGGCAGGUAUCUCCAGCUGUUGGAUGAGAGUCACGUUCGCAUGCCGUCGGUACUUUCCAACCACCCUGGCAACCUGGGCAGGGUCCUUGGCGCACGAUCUUCUCUCCCUCAUGAGCUUCUGCACCAGGAUUACAUCCCCCUCAUUCUAUUGCUUCACUACAAGGAGCGACGCCGCGGGCAGCCUGGUGCAUCGGUGGCCAGAUGCAAGGAUCCGUCGGAAGAUGCGCAACUCCAGGAAGCUCUCAGCUUACUCAAGGACUUUGUUUUCCUCUGGGAGGAGAAUCAAGACUCCCUGGCCAUGCACAGCCUUGUGCAGUCGGCCACGCGGGACAUGCUCCAGACGAAGGGGUUGACCUCCCACUUUGCCGGUGAAGCGAUGUUGGCAAUCUCCGAGCUCUACCCCUACGGGACGUACGAGAGCCGCAAAGUAUGCGGCGCCUAUCUUCCUCAUGUACAUGCGGUGCUUCGAUACGACCUCGCGGGCACGAAAGUCGAGCGCAUCGCAAAAGCCUCACUUCUCCAUAAUGCCGCCGGAUACUUGGUCUACCGAGGCCAGUGGAACGUCGCAGAAGAGUUCCAACGGCAAGCGGUAGAGAUGAAAGAAAAGCUAUUUGGGAAAAAUCAUGCGUCAACGCUAUCCAGCAUGGCCAACCUGGCGUCGACGUACGACUUUAACGGUCGAUGGAACGAUGCCGAGGCUUUGCAGGCUGACGUGUUGGGGAGGAGAAAGCAGGCACUUGGAGGAGAUCACCCACACACGCUAGCCAGCAUGGUAAGCAUGGCAUCGACAUACAACCAUCAAGGCCGCUGGACAGACUCCGAGGCUUUGCUGACGAAAGUAUUGGAGCUACGAAUGAACCGGCUUGGGGCGGAGCAUGCAGACACGCUCGCAAGUAUGGCUAGCCUGGCUUCGACGUACAAUCUCCAAGGCCGCUGGAAGGAGGCGGAGUCCCUGCAAGAGCAAGUUCUACGGACAAGAAGGCGACUGCUGGGCGAAGAACAUCCGUUAACCCUUGCAAGCAAGGCUGGCCUAGCCGCCAUAUACGACAACCAGGGUCGGUGGGAGGCCGCGGAAAGGUUGCAGACCGAAGUGCUCGAGACGAGGAAAUCAGUGCUCGGGGAGCGGCACCCAGAAACUCUAGCUUGCAUCGCAAGCCUGGCCUCGACGUACAGCAAGCAAGGUCUAUGGAUAGAUUCCGGGGCAUUGCAGGCGUACGUGCUGGAGAAGAGGACGGCUGCGCUGGGGGAGGAUCAUCCUUCUACCCUCAUUAGCAUGAUGAAACUGGCAUCGGUGUACAGCCAGCAGGGUCGCGGCAAGCAGGCCGAAGACCUUCAGUCGCAAGUGCUGCUGCGGAGAAGAAGGAUGUUCGGAGAGGAGCAUCCGGACACCCUUGGGAGCAUGGGCAGCUUGGCAGGGACCUAUGUUCGUCAAGGUCGAUUGCAGGAGGCUGAGGGUUUGCAAAUGGACGUGGUGAAGCUAUUAAAGCGAAACAUUGGAGAAGAGCAUCCAUCCACGCUUGCCAGCAUUGCUAACUUGGCCUGGACUUAUAGCGAGCAAGGCCGUUGGAAGGAAGCCGAGACUCUGCAGGGGCAAGUGCUAGAGGCGAGAGGCCGAGUGUUGGGGGAUGAUCAUCCUGACACGCUUGCCAGCUCGGCAAGCCUUGCGUCGACCUUUUGUCUCAGCGGCCAACUGACAGAGGCCGAGAAAUUGCAGGUACGAGUGGUUCAGAUAGCCAGUCGGGUGCUAGGAACAAAGCACCCAUUUACCCUUGCCAGCAUAUAUGACCUCGAAUCGAUACACAACAAGCAAGGGCGGCAGGAGAUGGCCGAAACGUCCCAGACGCAGGUGCCUUUCGCAGGGAGAAGGCUCACGUUCAAAGGGGGUCAUUCAAGUAGCGCAAAGUCGGAUGGGUUGUUUCGACGGUAUGAAGGCGACUCGGGUUAUGCAUCCGGAUCACGCGUCGCCACGUUGAGGCUGUCGACGACCGGAACGGGACCCGUUCAUGGCGAGAACGCAUCGCCCGAUGCGACGACGGAACAUGGCCAGGAGGCCUCGCGUCGAGGCGAAGAAGAGGCCAAGUCUGUUGCCUCCGACGAGGGCGAUAUCGGCUCGCAAACGUCUGAAGGAACCACCUAUGAAGACUUGACCGGCAAGGCGUUGAUAAGGGUGUUUCUUGCAGAGGAGCCUCGAUUCAGACUGUUAUGCGAGAAUGCCAUGUCCAACAUGAGCAGGCAACGCUUUGUCGAGAACAUGCGCCGGCUUCUGAAGUCCUUGCACAAGGGCCUCUUGAGUGAGGCGAAAAGCGAAGCGGAGAGGGCAGUCGCUGCUCUUCUUUGCAGCAGGCGAGGGAGAUUACGGAUAAGCCAGCAGCUGGUCGAGCAUAUUGAGCAGGAGAAGGAUGAGCUUGUGACCCAUGACCGACUCGACUUGCACGCGUCUCUGCAGGAGAGAUGCGACGUCGAAAAUUGGCUCGCACACGCGUCGGAGACAACGUUCGCGGAACAGAACACGGCCGAUGAUUGUUGGGGCUCGGAGGAAUCGGCUUCGGGUGAUGAGCUGGAAGGGGACGAAUUCCCGCACACAUCGGAGCUGAGGCGCUUCUUACGGAAUUCCCAAUCAUUCCAAGAGGUUUUGGGAGACUUCUUGUCCAUGUUUCUGCCAGCGGACGUGGGAGAUGUGCUUCUAUCCAUCCCGAAAGGAAACGUUUGGCUGUCGCGGGAACAACCUCGGUCGAUGAUCAACAGGAUGAAAGUAUGGGUUGAAGACAAAACACAGGUGACAUGGAACUGGUGGCCACUGGAGCCGUCGAAGCGCGAACUGCGGAAGGGUGAAUGCCGCAUCUUCUGGCAAUGCACGUGCGGUACCCAGCAAUGGGACGAAGUCUCCCUGGACCAACACGAGUUCGUGGAGAAAUUCCUCGCCGUCUGGGACGACAAGCCAACGUCACCGCAUUGGUGCAGGAAGACAGGAUUUCGUGUGCCCCUGUUCGCAAGGUGGUGGAGCGCUUUGCUUCGACGACGUCCCACGGCACCAACAUCGUCGGCAGCUCAAAAGUAUACGCCGUCCGAUCUUCCUGCACCCGCAUCAUCUGGCAGCAUCAAUGUACCAUUUACAACCAGCGGCCGACAUUGCAUCGGCACAGGUACAGUUCGAUCCCACACUCGAGCAGAUGCUGCGGUCGGAUUUCAAGCAUCAUCCACCAUGCAGCCGCCGGGUAGAUCGCAGAGCUUCAUUCUCUUCGGCGUGCAAGGGCCCCGGCGGACUUUGACGCCUGCUCAGAUUCUUGUGACGAGUCGAAGCACCGACUCCAGCGUCUUUCAAGAUUUGCGGGCUUGCUAUCGGACCCAUCGAGGCUGGCUGCGGUAUUGGUUCUCCAUCUGGACGCUGGAUCACUGCACCAUCACCAAGUUCAACCGACUGACGCCGGACCGCAUGGUGCCCGAGUACAAGGACCUCCCGAGGCACACGGAGUACGAGUACAGUCCUCGUGCGGGAUCGGCGGAUGCGCGGAACCCUCCCCUGCGAUCUCACCUAUUUGACGCUCUUUUCUAUACAUGCCAGAGCCCGUGCAACUGGAAGCAUUUUCAUGACUGCAUCCCACCGCCGAAGAGAUCGAUAUACCUGGAACGGAUCCCGAAGAGGACGACGAGUUUCGAAGCGGACGAUACGUCGUCGAUAUGGGGUUUCGAGGCCGUUUUUUCUCCUUCGUUUGCUCGGACGGUUCUUUAUCAUAUCAUCAUCAUCCUUGCGCCCUUUGUUUUCUCUCUCGUUUGGCUUCGCUUUCACCCAGAAGACCUCCAGAAUGCCUAUACUCCGGCGAGCAUAGUUGUAGCCGGCGUGUCCUUGUUUUGGAGUAUGAACACAGCUUGGAUAAGCAGGGGCCAGGAUCGAGAUCCCGAACGCAAGCCCAUGUAG